UCUGGAAACUGGGGAGAUUUGGCCGGGAUGGUGCUCUCAUAGGAUGGGUGCCAUACUUCAUCACAUUGCGACAUUUUUUGGACGAGGGCAUUCAGAUAGCAAUGACGGCGAGCAUUUCAAGACCAGAUUUCCAGCUUCAGCCCGUGACUUGUCAGCCUUAUCUCUGUCGCAAAGCACGAUUCGCCAGUGCGACUUUAGCCGCGUACUCGCCGCUGAUGACCGACACUGCAAAGGUAAAGCGUUCCAUCACUGGUGGUUGGGAGCGUACAUCGGCAUCAAUGCCAACUUCCGCUGUUGAGUCAUGCAAUGUGACCUCAGCCUCCAGCCUCGACAGUGCAACUACUCCCAUGAGCCCCGAGCGUGUAAACGAGAGAAUCGAGCAGACAUUGAUGCAGUGUUAUCCUGCUAGACAGUUCUCGAUCGCUGGCAGACACAGGCUAGUCGCAAAAUUGAGGCGAUGUCUAGACGCAUGCACACGAUCUGCGCUAAUAGCUCGGAAGGGAGAUCCAUCAAUCGAGAGUAGUUGUCCUUUGAAGUCAUGUCGCGUAUCGGCUUCAUUUUGUGGGCAACUUCUGCUCGCGAUUCCGUGCGAGUAGCACACGUCCGAUUGAUGUACGGCAGAGGUGGCCACAAGCAAGU